AUGGCAGCUGUACAGGGGAAUGCCGGUGGUACUAGCAGCAGCAGUGUCGAGGCUGCUGGUGCUGCUGCUGGCGAUUCGGUGGAUGGGGAUGGAAGUGAAUCGGUGGUUCCGAGCGUGCCAGUGUUGCAAGUCCCACCCGAGAGUGAAGCCUCGAUCGACGUUGGGAAAGGCAAAACCGUGAAAGUCACACUCAAAGAGCCUAUGGAGGGCAAAAGGAGGUUGACAUCUUGGACGUGGAACUUUGCGAGUAGAUUCAGCCCGUCCAUCAACGGGAAGAACGUGGUGUGUUUGGUGAAGAAGGCUGAUGGGACGCCCUGUGGCCGCCUGAUGAAGUGGGAAGGAGCAGCACUCGGCAAGAAAGGGACGGGAACUUCUGGGAUUUCCAAGCACCUCGAGAUAUGUCACAAGAGCGAGGUGGACAAACACAAGGCCAAAGUAGGCGCAUCGGAGGACAACACAGCACCCAUUGUGGCAGCACUCGGUGAGUUUUUUUUUUUUGCUCAAGACUAAAG